AGGGAGGAGCCUGUGCCUGAGCAUAAGAGACUACGGACUGGACCUGAGCUGCAGGUGCAGAGUAGCGGCUGGGAAGGGCAAGGACACCAUGGCACAUCUCCCCAGGAAGAGGCCACCACGGGCCUGUGCUUUGGUGCUGCUCCUCUGGGGCAUCCAGCUCCUGGGCACUGUGGCCUGGCACAUCCAGCCGGAGCAGGAGUACCACGGCGAGGUGACAAUCUAUGCCCCCCCCACCAUGGAGUUCGCCCAACACAUGUUCAACCAGGAACAUGAGGAUGAGUACGCUUUCCGGGUGGAGCACGUCCUGAACAUCCAGAGGGAACAGACUGACAACAUGGUAUUCUCCAUGAUGCUGCAGCUGCGCAGAACCAUGUGUAAGAAGCUCCAGGAGGACCUCGACAACUGCCUCUUCCAGGACAGCUCUGAGCCCAGCAAUGUCAUCACCUGCACCUUCAACGUGAGCACACUGCCUUGGACUACAGAGUUCCAACUCUUAAACAAGAACUGCUCUGCGUACUCCCCCUGAGCCCCAGGCCUGGCCACACUGCUGACCUCCAAGACGUCAGCGCUUCCCAUGUGGCUCCUGAGGGCCCAGCUGCCCCAAGAGUGUUUUCCCCUCACUUUCUGGGAGUCUGGGCCCUUGUUCCAGUUCUAUAAAGUUCUUUCUUGC